UAGGACUUGGACGUUGAAAUUAUAAGAUUUGAAAGUAAAAAAAGACAAAUUUAAGUUAAUUUAUGUAAUUUUCUAUUAUUCUGAAAACAGAAAAGAUUUCGAGGAAUUUCCAACAGUCUGCGCGAUUCGAUGGUUAGACAUCUAGUCUAGGCCUAUUUACUGUAAAAAAGUAAAAUCGUCAUACAUGUAUAGUCUCCAUUGUUAUAAACGUCAGAAUUCAAUUAAUAACACAAAUGUAGUUAAUCUUAUUAUACAAAUUCCAGUGAAAGUUUAAUCCAUUUCCUUGUUUUGUUAUUAUAUAAAAAACUUAUUUAUGACUUGAAUCAGUUAAAUCCUAAUUUCAAAAUCACUUCAAGCGGGAAUUUAAAUUCGUGUUUGAGGUUAUCGCUUUAAAGAUAUGACGUGAUAUAUCAAUAUCUUAUAUAUUAUUAUUUUUUUUUGUUAUUCACUACGCACUAAUUGAACAAUACAUCAAAUAAUAUCUAAGAGAUAUGGAUUAAUAUAUUUAAUUUAAAAUGUCUCCUGACAAUGAGACAAGCAUAGAAACUAUGACUGAAGACGUGGAAAACCAACCGGGUGGAGACGACACUCAUUCAGAAACAAAUGAAUCAAGAACUGGUCAUGGAGACGGUUCACAAGAGAGUGGAGUUGAAACUUUGGUUGCGUGUCCAGACUCUUUGACAUCACAUGGAUCAGUACAGGGUGAAGGCAGUGAUGCUUCUAGUAUAUAUACAGCCAAUACUUCUGUUUCUGGAUAUGAAACAAGUUCCAGUCGUAUGAGUGCCGUUACCGUUGUCUUACCCUGGGGAGCACAAAAAGAAACAGUAAAACCACAACACAUUGAAGACAUGGAUUUGAGACCUGGUGAAUUUGUAAUGCGAAGUCUUUUUGCUGAGUUUGCAGCUCAAGCGGAGAAAAAAAUAGAGGCUGUGAUGACAGAUACUGAUAAAACUCUUUCAAAAGUAUUGCAACGUGGCGAAGAUGCUCAAUUUGAUCAACUAUUAUCAGCAUUUGGUGCAGUAGCUGAUAAUUGUCUUCCGUCAAUUUUACGCGCGUUAUUCAAAUGGCACGAACGGCAGCUCGCUGACCAGGGUAAUGAUCAAAAGAAACCAGCGUCUGGAAAAGAAGAUCAAAAAGGAAAAAGUAUCAUGUACACAAUAGUAUCAGGUUCGGGUAAUGUUGAAACAGCGCCGGAAAAAAGUGAAGCUGAUUUGCUUCAAGAAAGACGUGACUUAGCCGUUGAAUUUAUAUUUUGUCUCAUGUUAAUUGAAGUACUACGUCAGUUACCAUUUCAUCCUGGUCAUGAAGAUUUGGUCACAGAAAUAGAAAACAUUGCAUUCAAACAUUUUAAAUAUCGCGAGGGUAUUCAGAAUGAACCAAAUGCAACAAAUAUUCAUAUUAUUGCUGACUUAUUUGCUGAAGUUAUUGGUGUAUUAGCUCAAUCGCGUUUCAUGGCUGUGAGAAAACGUUUCAUGAUUGAUCUAAAAGAAUUACGAGCUAAAGAACCGGGUCCACAUACCACACAAAGUAUAAUAUCUCUGUUGAUGGGCAUGAAAUUUUUCCGAGUUAAGAUGGUACCGAUCGAGGAGUUCGAAGCUUCAUUUCAGUUCAUGCAAGAAUGCGCUCAAUACUUUCUUGAAGUUAAAGAUAAAGAUGUAAAGCAUGCGCUAGCAGGACUUUUUGUUGAAAUACUAGUUCCUGUUGCAGCAGCAGUAAAGAACGAAGUUAACGUUCCAUGUCUUAAGAAUUUUGUUGAAAUGCUUUACUCUACGACAUUGGAUAUGUGCACGAAAUCAAAGCACCGCUUAGCACUUUUCCCAUUGGUCACUUGCCUGCUCUGUGUCAGUCAGAAGACAUUUUUUCUACAAAACUGGCACUACUUCUUAGCGAUGUGUCUCUCCCAUCUCAAGACACGUGAUCCGAAGAUGAGCAGAGUCGCACUGGAAGCUCUUUAUCGUCUUCUUUGGGUCUACAUGAUAAGAAUUAAAUGCGAAAGUAAUUCAGCGACUCAAAGCAGACUUCAGAGUAUUGUGAAUUCCCUAUUUCCAAAGGGAUCUAAAGCCGUGAUGCCACGUGACACUCCGUUGAAUAUUUUUGUUAAAAUAAUUCAAUUUAUAGCCCAAGAAAGACUUGACUUUGCGAUGAGAGAAAUAGUAUUUGAUUUACUGUCUGUUGGAAGACCUGUUAAAAUAAUUUUAACACCCGAACGUAUGAGUAUUGGGUUACGUGCAUUUUUAGUUGUUGCUGACAGCUUACAGCAAAAAGAAGGCGAACCACCGAUGCCAAGAACUAUGGGAGUGCUACCCAGUGGUAAUACAAUGCGGGUUAAAAAAACUUUUCUCAACAAAAUGCUUACUGAAGACACUGCUAGAAGUAUAGGAAUGUCGUCUUAUUUUCCACAUGUACGUCGAGUUUUUGUAGAUAUUCUACGAGCACUGGAUGUUCAUUACGGUAGACCGUUGAUGAUGACAAGUACUCAGAAUAUGAACAAAGAACCCGAUGAAAUGAUAACCGGUGACAGAAAACCGCGGAUUGAUCUCUUCCGUACUUGUGUUGCUGCAGUACCGCGACUGAUUCCUGAUGGAAUGACUGGAGCUGAGCUGGUUGAUUUGCUUGCACGUCUAACUGUGCAUAUGGAUGAAGAACUGCGAGGUCUAGCUUAUCAGAGUUUGCAAACUCUGGUCAUAGACUUCCCGGACUGGAGACAGGACGUUGUGAUGGGAUUCACGCAAUUCCUGGCACGGGAUGUCCAAGACACUUUUCCUCAGCUGGUUGACAAUGGUCUCAGGAUGCUGCUCCAACUAUUGACUUCCUGGAAAAAUGCUCUGACUAGUCCAAGUCCUCGAGCGAAAGAACAAGCGAUCGAAAGCAACCGAAUAAAUCCUAGACUAGAUCCUGCAACUAAAAAAGUUGAUCCAUGUCAAAAGGUCGAACAAGUCUCCACUGUCUUUCAUCUUGUUGAAGGAUUUGCUUUGGUGAUGUUGUGUAAUUGUCGACUAUAUCCCCGGCGCCUUGCAGUCCACAUUCUCCGGGAAGUCAAAGUUUUACUGAAGGCUCUAGGAGGAAUCGAAACAGAUCAGCCGGUCAUUGAUGUAAUUGACGCAUCCUGUCCAUCAGUUAUAGAAAAAUGUUAUCACUUAUUACCACCAGCAGAAAAAGCCGCCGCAGCUUUGACAUCAAACGUUGAUCUCCAGUGGAUCGCUGACAGAAGCAGCUGCGUUUGGACAGCAGGUUUCCAUGAUGAAAACAGCACCAAAAGUUCAUCGUUGCUGAAUCUCAAUGGCGUUGAUCCCUGGAGUAUAUGUUUGUUUGCAUUUUUAGAGAGAGAUCGUGUACUUACUUUGUGUCCCAAUGCUACUGCACAUUCUUGGCCUAUUGUUUUUACACGCAUUAAUUCUCUCUUUACUGUCGUUGAUCCUACGCCGGUUAAUGAUAACAGAGCUUCGUUAUUAAGAAGUUCAACGACAGUGAGAAAGCCAGUUAAUGAAAGAGAUGUUUACAUGCACAUAUGGAAAAAUUAUUUAACUUUUGGUUAUCGUGUUGUACCACCAAUACCCAGUCCAAUAAUUCGAUGCGCGAGUCCAGAUUUGAGUCUCAGUGGUCAGCAUACGGUGGAGUUUGGUGUUUUGUGCAUGAGUAAGGAGUUGAGUCAAAGCCUGGAGAACCUCGGCGGGGCCCAGACCCUGCCGGGCCGAUUCUCCGUACCGUCCAUUUCCGGCAUCUACACCAGGCAUAAGCGGACCAGCUCGUCGCCGGAUAGUUUGUCAGCUGAACGAGGAGAUAAUAAAUCCCCAGGAACAAACGCCAGUCCAGCUGCGCUCUACAAACUCACGGUGCCCUUGUUGAGAUGUGAAGCUGUUGACGUUCGCGAUGCUGUGGUCCAUGCUAUCGGCAAAGUUAACGCAGAUGCAUUAAAAGACUUAAUGGAAGAAUUAGUUCCUUAUAUACGAGAAGCUGUUGAUAGAAAGCAAGAAAAUAUGCGAAGAAGACGUCGUAGAGAUGCUUUGAGACUGCAGUUAGUCAGAGUGUUGGAAUUAGUCGCAGAGUAUGGAACUUUUGGAAUUUGUCCCGCUGUACUUGAUCGUGAGACCCAGUCUCUUCAUCCGACAUUCGUAGAAUACAUAGACGGCGCAAGACUUUAUCUAGAAAAUGAACCUGACAAAGAAGCUCCAGCUGUACGAGAUAUAAAACUUCAUUUUUGUAAUUUCAUUAGAAAAAUGAUUAAAAGUUUUUCCAUUGAAGCGUGUCAUUUACUUUUGAAACGAGAUUUACGUCGGAAUUUAUUCACAUUAUUCGCAACUUGGUCCGGUCCAUACGGUAAACCACUGACUAAUAUGUCUUCAUCUUUUGACGAAGAUAAAUCGUGCUCAGAAUUACAGUUAUCAGCUUUGCAAGCUAUGAGCAGUCUUCUGUGUUGCGGAUCCUGCUUUAAUCCUCAAUCGCUGUCUGAAGAAGGUGCUAUAUUGUAUCAGUGGCUUGAUCUAUUACUCGCCAGUAAAGAUGAAAAGAUUUACACUCUUGCACGUGAAACUGUCGUUUUAUUAUUGGAAGGGAAUCCUGAUAUUGGAACACUACUCGAUUGGGUGGUAGAUCGAUGCUACACAGGACUUCCCCAGGUUGCUGACGGUUGUUUCCUUGCUUUAGCGGCAAUAUUUAGCGCGAGAGAAUAUCCUUGCGAUCAUUACACGAGCGUGAUAAACGUCAGUCUGAUGAACACAGGCUGCCCACGCGCACCAGUGCAAGAUGCGGCCCUCCAGCUUCUUCAGCUUCUCGACCAAAGGUUUUUUGGCAACGUAAGACCUCUUCCUACGGCUGAGCUUGAAACGAAUCAAGAAGAAUGCCCAGUAAAUUCGUUGAUCAGCGGCGGUGUAAUGCCUGGAGCCAUAUCAUCAUUUGGAUCAAAUGUACCAAUAAAAGCUGGUACACUUGAUGCUCUGCUCACAGCAUCAUAUUGUCGAAACCAAAUGUAUUUAUCAAGGCAACUCGCUCAACUUCAUCCCGAGCUCACAAUGCCGAUGUUUAGCGAGAUAACUCACAGAUUCCAAACUGCCAGACGUGAAGUGCGACAACUGUUGCUCCAAUAUUUACUACCGUGGCUACAUAAUAUGGAAUUAGUUGAUCCGAAUGUUCCGCCGCCUUCUAAUCCUUCAAGUUACUACCAGUAUUAUACGAGCGACGUUACUCGCGGUGGUACUAAACGUGAAGGAUGGGGUACUGCGGAAGCUACGGAAAUGGUUCUCAAUAAUUUAUUCUACAUUACCGUCAAGUUUUCUGAUGAGCAUCCGAAAGAAGUUGAAGAACUUUGGUCGACAUUAUGCGGUUGCUGGCCUAACAAUCUAAAAGUUAUAAUACGCUAUUUGAUAAUUAUUUCUGGGAUGGCACCGCAGGAAUUGUUACCAUAUGCCAAAAGAGUUGUACUUUUCUUAGCACGUGCUCGUCCCGAUCGUUUAGUAGACGAAAUGAUGACAGAAUUACAAACUGUUGAAACAUUAAACUGUCUUAUUGAACGAACAGAAACUCCGCCGUUUUAUAGGCUUACGAGUAUGAGAAAAGCGUCAUCACACAGCGAUGCUCCAGCAGCAGAUCCUGGUAAUCCAUCACGGGAUUUAGCUGUAGAGAAAGGAACAAUUCAUACGAAAAGACAUUCGGGAGAAGAUCCGGUUAAGACUGGAUCUAAGUCUGACACUGCUCUAAGAGCUUUAGCUGGUUUUCAAGCACCUCGUGUUGAGAAAACGCGUACCACAAGUGGACCACCUAUUUUACCAGAUGAUUUGUCUACGCCAACUACUGAAGUUGAAUUAACAACUGAUGAGACAAUUUAUGUAACACGUGGUGGGAGUUCUGGUGUUGUUUCAAACAAAGUUAACCACAGUGAAAAGUUUGAUAUACCUCAGCCGCAUCCAUUACCUAUGCCCGAAUACGGUGGUUACUUUGCGCCGCUAACUGAAUACCUACCAGAUAGUUCUCAGCCAAUAAGUGGAUUCCAUCGCUGCAAUAUCGCCGUGAUGCUUUUAACAGACAUUGUAGUUGAUGGUAUACAACUAGACUGGUCGAUCCAUGUGCCUUUGAUGCUGCAUAUAAUAUUUCUUGGGUUAGAUCACUCGCGGCCGCUGGUGCGCGACCACUGCCGACUGUUACUUUUAAAUCUACUCGUAGUACUCGGUGAUCACCGCGAUCAUUUAGGUGUUGCAAGACUUCUGUUAGCAUCAAAAACUGAACAGCUUGGUCUAGGUCUUAGCACACCGGCAUUGCCAAUAUUAGAACACAAUUUUACAGAAGUUGAUCCAGAAUUCGACGCUUACUUGUACGGACCCCCUGCAGUUCCUACCACGACAACAACCCCACCUAGAUCAAGUACACCUCCACCUGUUUACUCUCCUCCCCCUGCGCCACCUUUACCUGAACCAUCAACUCCACCUGUAUCGAUAUCAUCAGACGCCUCUCCAUCACACUCGCCGAUUCCUUCCGCUUCGGUAACACCGCCUACUUUUACAUCCCAAGCUAAAGAUCAAGCAGUCAAGGAGUUCGGUGCUUCAUCAUUAACUGGCACAUCGCCACCCAUUCCUCCACCGCCCCCGCCUCCGCCUCUUCCCACGUCCCCAUCAGCACCCACAUCUACAAAUCCAUCACCCUCCCACUCGCCUAUUCCUACAACUUCUGUAACUCCCCCAACUCCUGCUCAAGUUCAAUCUAAAGAUCCGCUUUCAAAAGAAUUUGAUAAUACGUCACUACGUGCCUGGCCAGCGUCUUCAGGGCCGCCUACUGGAGUCCCAGUUAUUGUUACUCCCGAAGAUGCUGCUAAUUGGACAGGACCUCAACCAGGUCCUAAUAUGCCAAUCCAAGAUGUUAUAAAAUCACUCAUAAACUUUUUGGCUUCAAAAACAAAUCAGCCGCUUUGGAAUUACGAAGAUAUGACUGCUAAAGUUUGGUGGGUCAGAAGUGCUGAGCAACUUACAGUUCUACUUCGACAUGUCUUGAGAGUCUUUAGAGAUUCAUUACCUCAUGCUCACGUAAGUCAAAGGUGGGCUGAAACCGCAUUGCAACUUGGACUGUCUUGUUCAUCAAGACACUAUGCAGGUCGUUCACUUCAAGUCUUCCGGGCUCUUCGUGUGCCCAUUACCUCACGUAUGCUGUCAGAUAUUCUCUCGCGUCUUGUUGAGACAGUGGCCGAACAAGGUGAGGAUAUGCAAGGAUACGUCACUGAGCUCUUACUGACUCUCGAAGCUGCAGUUGAUUCACUGGAGUCUGAUUUCCGGCCGUUAGAUUUUAUGAAAGAGAUUUUCAAAUCAACUCCGAAUUUGAAUAACAAGGAUCCAGCUUCGGGAAUGAUACUUGGCAAAAGAAAUAUUGGUGGAGUCUGUGGUUAUCCAGGUCCACAUGUAUUCACACAUUUGAAUCACGCAAGCGGACACACGCGCAGUACAAGUUAUUCAGUGAGCUACUGCAUGAGAAAGUCAGCUGCAGCUUCUACAGCGACGUCAAACGAUCCAAAGGAAUUAGAUUCACGAGUUUGUUGCAAUAAAUAUCCAAACUCGAAUCUCUCGAGAUCAAGAUCUGCGCAGUCACUAAAACUCCUUGGGGAUUCAGCAACACAAGACGACAAAAUGACUAUUCUCGCUCAACUAUUUUGGUUAUCAGUAUCAUUACUCGAGUCUGAUUACGAGCAUGAGUUUCUACUGGCUUUGAGAUUACUUGGCAGAGUAUUGCAUCGACUGCCACUGGACCGUCCAGACGCAAGAGACAAAGUUGAAAAACUUCAGCAGCAAUUAGGAUGGAAUUCAUUCCCUGGAGUCCAUGCUCUAUUACUGAAAGGUUGCACCAGUCCCAACACCUAUGAACCAGUAGUGACAUUACUAUCGCAAUUUACGCCACUACUCGAUUUGCCGUUUGUCGAUCCUACUCAAAAUCUCGCAUUCCCAAUGAAUGUCAUUUCAUUGCUACCCUACAUGUUGUUGAACUACGAAGAUGCUAAUGAGCUAUGUAUAAGGAGCGCGGAAAAUAUUGCCCAAGUCAGUGCAGAAAAAGGAAAAAAGCUGGACCACUUGGGCACUGUCAUGACGUUAUAUUCACGGCGUACUUUUAGCAAGGAAAGUUUUCAAUGGACCAAGUGUGUGGUCAAAUAUCUCUAUGACACUUACGCGCACUUGAGCUUCAACAUGCUGGCGUUCCUGGUAGAAGUUUUAGAAAAAGGACCGGGUAGUAUUGCGCUACCGGUGCUGAGUAUCAUUCACUGCUUGCUGCAUUAUGUAGACCUUGCAUCGAAAGCCGCUCAGCCAAUCAAUACCGAGUUGUUGAGAGUCAUCUCUAAAUAUGUUGAGGGUCCGCAUUGGAGGGAAGCAUUAAAAAUAUUAAAAUUAGUCGUUACAAGAUCAUCAACACUUGUCGCACCUCCAACAAAUGUCCAUGGAUCAUCAUGGGAAUCAUCUCUUACUUCUCCACAUCCAAGUUUCACUGACACUGAAAUCUUCACCAAAAAAGAAUUACCUGGAAGAACAAUGGACUUUACUUUUGAUGUAACUAAAACUCCGGUGAUUGGAAAAAGAUGGUUGAAACGUCAAGUUGAAGAUGAGAAGACUGUUGGAUCUCCAAGACGUUCAUUGUCUUUAUCACCUGCUGACAGCAGUGCUGUAUCAAGUUGGAAAAGACCGUGGAUGUCACAGGGAAGAGUAAGAGAAUGUUUAGUAAAUCUUUUAAGACCAUUCGGACAGCCUGUAGGAUUACCGAAGAGUCCGUCUGUAAUAUUCAGCCAAAGCUCAGACUUGAUGGAGAGACAGUCGUCAAUGGCAUCUUCAACGGAAGAAAUGUCUGGUGCAAAUAAUGAUCUAAGCGGCGGGUCACGACGUGACGACGAACAAUUCGGAGUUUUCAAAGACUUUGAUUUCUUGGAGUAUGAAAGUGAGAGUGUUGAAGGUGAGAGUACUGAUAACUUUAAUUGGGGAGUGCGCAGACGUCCGCUUAGUGAAGGAGAAGAACGCGAGCCCAGUUUACGACAAUUUGAAGAGAGUCUCAGUGAGAAAACGCUUUCAUCUAGCAAACAUACAUCUCGGCGUGGCGGAGUCGCUGAAGAAUCAUCCGAUGAUGAAGUGGGUUCAGAAUCACCUUUGGAUGAAGUCCCAUCAGGAUCUGGUGCUGGUCAGGAAAUCAAUAGCAUUCCUGGAAUGUUUCCUCCAUCCUCGUUGUCUCUUAUACCCAGUCGAUCACGCCAUGAUUCAUCAACGCGAUCAGAUACUUCGGGAUCCAGUGCUGGCGAUCUUGGUGACGUGACACCUUGUAACGCAUCACCAAAUCUUUCAGCUCUGAUGCCAUUCCGUCAGGUAGCGCGCGAUGACGCUGAAGAAAUAUGGAGACAACAGAUACAAAAUUUAAUUUCACAACCACCUUACAAUAUUCUCGAAUUUUUCCAUUUGCUGAGUAGAAUUUUACGAGACUUGUCCAGCAAAUCUGUUGGAUUGUCACGUGAAUCAGUAGCAUUGCUAACAAAUGGUAGCACAGCAGCAUCACAAUUAGCAUCUCAACUGUCUAGUCACGCAGAAUUAUUGAGUUCAAAAGCCGAGCCCCCAUUAGUUUGGUUUUCGCUGACAGUAUUUGCAAACCAUCGACUCAAUGAAACAUUAAGAUUCGGUAUGCUUGAGAUUCAAGAACAUUUGGAGACAUUUUUAGAGAAAAAAGAUCAUGCGACAGAGUGUCUCGAGGCCGUAAAAGCAACAAAUAAAUUACAAGUACUCGGAGAAUCAUCCGGUGGAAAUGAUUUGAGUUCCGAAGAAAUGCUUCUAGGACUAGGCCGUGCGUUUUAUAAACUACACUUUCAACUUUUGAUACUAAUCUCUUCGUCAAAUAAAAUGUUGCUAUCACUGACAAAAGCCUCAAGAAAUUUAAACGUCCAGCUGCAUGACAUGUCAGCAGAGAUGUCAAUGAUGAAGACAGCGCUCUGUCGCGCUUUAGAAGAAAGUACUGAGAGCGAACGUGGAACUCCAACUCCAACACCGAGUCCAAGUCCACUACCCGGUGGUUCAUUAGAAGAAGUAUCCCGAGUCGCUGAAUUUUUAAGGUCCGCACGCUGGUCGUCGGCGCUUGAGGCUGUGAGAUUACACCGGGCUCAAUGGCCCACUGAUCCUUUCCACGACGAUGAUGAUGUUACUACUGCUGUCAAUAUGUACUGCAGACACUUGGGUCAGGAUCGCACUGACUUAUUUGUCGUAACAAAAACCGAUGGUGAGAUGACGGAAAUAUCUGACAGACUGAUGGAGAGUCUUUCCCGGAUACUAGCGGCUGUUACUGGUCUUGAAGCUGCUGUCAAAGCGGCUCCUAUGCCGAGCUCUCAUCAUUCAAAACUCGACUGAUAGACAUAUGUUUAAUUACUAACACAAUUAUGUCUAUUAUUUUUAUUUAUACUUUUAUUAAAACGUUACUACUGUUAAUUAAAUAUUUACAUUUAACAAAUUGUACAUUGUUUUAGUGCAAAUUGUACUUUUAGUGCGUGAUAUAGCCUCAUAUGGCAUUUAUACAUAACUUUUUUUGUUUUAUUAUUAUUAUUAUUAUUAUUAUUAUUAUUAUUAUUAUUAUUAUUAUUAUUAUUAUUAUUAUUAUUAUUGAUGACAAAAGUAAAAAAAUUUUCUUUAAUAACUUAUAUAAUAAAUUAUUUUUGAGAGUAUGAACCCAUGGCAGUUGAAUAUUUAAUUUAAAUUCGAUAGCGAUCAAUAUUUAAAUUUCGAUAGACUGAUUAGUUAAUGAAUCACUUAAAAAAAAAUUUUAAUAUCCGUCAUGAUAACAAUAAUAAUAAAAAUAAAAUAU